GUACGCCAAUCACGAGGAUGGAGACGAGACGACGGCGAGUAAACGUGUUCCGAGAAAACCCUAAUACUCCUCUGAUGCAGCGAGCUCAUAGAUGAAGAUCGGAUUUUUCUAUGCAUAUAAGUAUGCUGCAACGCAGUCUAUCGUUCGCAGAUUCUACCUCCUCUAUGCAGAGCAUGAAAGAAGACGCCAAGAUUCAAAAAAAAGAAGGAGAAGAAUAAAAUCGGAGCUUGACCCACAGGCACCGCAAAAUCACCCUCAGUAGGCCAUCGGCCAUCCCUCGCAGCGCAUACAUACACCCUCCCAGUGAGGGGAUUCCGGACAUCCACUGCCAGGUCCUCAGAUAUCAUUGACGCCCAUCGCCCAUGUAUCAACUCAGGAGCUCGAAGACUCGAAGACACAAGCUACUUAUGCAACGACUCGGAUUCGAAAAUCGUCCACAAGGUCUUCCGCCCCAAUCACGAAGAUACAGACGAGACAGAAAAUCGACAUCUAGCAGGCCCUCAGAUAUCAUCGACGCCCAUACAUCAAGAUUCCACUCAGGAGCUCGAAGACAGGCAAUUAAAGCUAUGCAACGACGAGAAGAUCGUCCACAAGGUCUUCGGCCCUCGACGGUGUACGACGAAGAACGCCAAUCACGAAGAUACAGACGAGACGACGGCUCAAUCGAGGUACGAACAGAAUUCCCGCCGUCUCGGUGGUGGGGAUUGUAGAAGACACAGAACGAGAUGGAAAAUCAGAGUCACCAUGACAGCCGUAUUGAGGAUUCGGGAGUCAAGUCGAGUUCGUAGUUCCCGAGAUCAAAAAGUGUCGGGUAUGACGGUCAACUCGCACGACCGAGC